AUGUUGUUAAUUAUUAUGAUUUUUGGAUUUCAGAUAUUUUAAAUAAAUUCAAAAGCAUGUGAAAUUUAGAAAAUACAAUCUAAAAUAACCUGUUAUUAAUUAGUUUAAGAUUGUUUCAUAUUGGAAGGAAAUGAAGAAGAUUACUACAAACUCAAACAUAUUGAUAAAGAAAUUGUAUAAAAAUUAUUUAGUAUACCUUACAGAGAUAUUCCUAUCUAAACAAAAAUAUUAAAAUCAUUUGAUUAAGAGAAGAUCUAAUAGAAACUUAUUUGUUAAUUGUUUCUAAAUUAGUAAUAUUAUAUAAAAUGUAUCAAAUUUGAUAUAUUAAAUAAUGAGAAAAAUGAAAAUGAAUUAGAAGUUAUUAAUUUGCGGACAAAUAUUAUUUUUGAAGAGUCCUGUGAUGAAUUUUAUUAACUAGAUAGUGAAAACUUGAUAUUAUUUUGCAUGAGCUAAUUUACUUUAAAGCAAUACUCAAUCAAUCUAUAAGGUGAUGUAAUUCUUAUGUUUGAAUACGAUGUUUCUAUUUAAAUUUAGGAUAAAUGCAAUAAAAAACAAUUCAAACUUUUAGAGAAAAACUAAUUAAUAAUUGUGUUUUUUAAUUGUUUUUAAUGGAAAAUUUUAUAUUUAAAUAAUCAAUAAAUAAACAUUGUUUUGGAAUCUAAAAUGAAGGAAAAUAAUCAUAAUCUUUUGAAAUUAAAAAAAAUAGAUAAUGUACAAUUUUGCUAAAUAAAUUCACUAAAUCUUUUCCUUAUUGAAGGUAAUAAUUACCUUUAGAUUAUUUGGGAAUAGAAUGUAAAUAUAUUUAUUCAUUAAUUAUACUCAAGUGA